AUGUACCUAAUGGAGACAAAACUGUUCUUGAAAAGAAAUGUAAUAUCCUUUAUGUUCUUUUGCAAACGUUCAACUGUGGACUUGGCAUACAAAAUACACGGAAAGCCCCUCUCUAAGAACAGUGUUCCUAUACUGGUGAUACACGGGUUAAUGGGCUCCAAAAAGAACUUCGAGAGUAUCGCCAAAAACAUAGCAGCCACCACGAAGAAUACCGCCAUCACUGUAGAUUUACGAAAUCACGGCGACAGUCCUCACACGAGCUCACAUACGUACCUAGAAUUGGCCGCUGAUAUAUCCCAUCUAAUGAAGAAAGUUUCCGUAAAAAGAGCGAAGAUUGUUGGGCAUAGUAUGGGCGGAAGAACGGCAAUGGUACUGGCUUUGACUGAGAAUCCAAAGGUCGCAAGUUUGGUCGUUGUCGACAUAUCUCCGGUCUCAACGGCGGGCCUACUCAACGAUUUCUUUCCAGAACUUCUAAAAGUAAUGGAGACCAUGGAAUUCCAAGGAAAAGAAAGCAUAUCAAAGGCGAGAGCUACUGUGAAAAAAGUUAUAAUAGAGUCAGGGGUGAUGAAACAUGAUGAUUCUAUCGACUUCAUUUUAUUGAAUGUUGGAUUGAAACCUAACAAACGUAUCGGCUGGCUUUGCAAUGUAGAAACGUUAAAAAAGUAUUUUGAGAGUAUAGCAACAUUCCCUUCGGAAAUGAAAGGCAAAACGUACAAAGGCCCCACGUUAUUUAUCGGCGGCGGAGAUUCUAAAUACAUUCCGCCAGAAGAUAUAAAGGGCAUAAGAAUUUUUUUUCCCAAAGCUGAAUUAAAAUAUAUUCCCAACGUAGGUCACAACGUGCAUGCAGAGGAUCCUAAAACAUUUCUCAAAUUAGUAAACCAGUUCCUUAUAAAAUAUUGA